CAAUGGACGCAAGCCAUCCCUCCUACCUGCUCUUCCUUGCAAUUCUAGUCAUCAUCCCGUUGGCCUACUUCACCCUUUCAACUCGCCGGCAAGCCGGCCUGAGGCUGCCGCCGGGGCCAUGGGCACUUCCAAUAAUCGGCCACUUGCACCACAUGAUGGGCAAACUCCCGCACCACAGGCUGCGUGAUCUUGCCCAGCGCCAUGGCCCGCUGAUGCUGCUCCGGCUCGGCGGCCUGCCCCUCGUGGUGGCAUCGUCGGCCGAGGCGGCCCAUGAGGUCAUGAGGACGCACGACAUCGUCUUCGCGACACGCCCCAUCAACAGGACCAUGAAGCUUAUCCUUGUUGACGGCUCGGAGGGCCUCAUCUUCGCCCCCUAUGGCAGCGCUUGGAGGCAGCUCCGGAAGAUUUGCACCGUCGAGCUGCUCAGCGCACGCCGCGUCCAGUCCUUCAGGGGCAUCCGCGAGCAGGAGGUCCAGCACCUCCUCCAGGCGGUGGCAUCGACGCCAUUGCUAUCGGCCAUGAACCUCGGCACACUAUUGUCAACGUAUGUCAAUGACUCCACGGUGCGCGCCAUCAUAGGAAGCCGGUUCAAGGACCGGGAGACGUUCCUCCAGUUAAUGGAGGAAGGUAUCGAGCUAUUCUCGAGGCCGGGCUUGCCGGACCUCUACCCAUCAUCCCGGUUAGCGAUGCUCGUUAGCCGGAAGCCGCGACGGAUGAAGCGGCAGAGUCAAGCAAUGAUGGCUUUCAUGGAAACCAUGAUCCAGGAGCAUCGAGUGCCCAGAGCCGCAUGUGACAAGGAGGAGGAUUUGGUUGACGUGCUCUUGAGAAUCCAGAACCAAGAUGACCACUUGGAGUUCCCGCUCACCACAGACAACAUCAAAGCGGUGAUGGCGGAUAUAUUCAUUGCAGGUAGUGAGACAUCAGCAACGAUGCUGGAAUGGUCCAUGGCCGAGCUCAUGAAGAACCGGAGGGUGAUGCAAAAGGUGCAGGAAGAAGUCCGGCGAGUGCUCAAGGGACAAGCAACAGUAACAGAGGAGAGCUUGAGAAGUUUAAAUUACUUGCACCUAGUCAUCAAAGAGACUCUUCGGCUGCACCCACCGGUGCCACUACUGCUACCAAGGGAGUGCCGCGCACCGUGCCAAAUACUAGGAUGUGACCUGCCAGUGGGGGCUACGGUGCUUGUGAAUGUCUGGGCCAUCAGCAGAGAUUCGAUGCGUUGGGACAGGCCAGAGGAGUUCAUGCCGGAGAGAUUUGAGGUCAACAACAUUGACUUCAAGGGGGCAGAAUUUGAGUACACACCAUUUGGAGCAGGACGGAGGAUGUGCCCUGGGAUGACCUUUGGGCUGGCAAAUAUGGAACUUGCCCUUGCUAGCCUUCUAUACCACUUUGACUGGGAGUUGCCGCAUGGGAUGGCGCCGACGGACCUUGAUAUGACGGAGGUCCUGAGAGUCAUCUCGAAGCGGAAAGACGCCCUUCUGGUUGUUCCGAUUAUUUGCAUGCCAAUAUGACCAUACUAUAAGAGCACUCAUUUGUGUUACUCACUGCUGCCUUUCUCAUUUGUGUCUACCAGAUCGUAUGCAUGCAAACAGGGAAGAUAUCAAAUUUGAUUAUUUGAUUUCCUGUUUCUUCUCUGAA